UGUCAAGUAUCGUGCGCGUAGUAAACAUAUGCGUUUGUUUUGUAACAUCGUACUCGUACUGCCAUCGCCGCAAUUUUUGCAGAAAAUCUUUGGAAAGCUAAAGUUUUCUUCUCUUAAACCGUAGCCAACUGAAGUGUAAUGUACGUAGUGUAAACGAUCUGUUAAAAUAAUUAAUCACAAUGUCAGAAACUAAAGAAAUGCAAACCGAUGAGCGCGAGGCGCUGGCUUCCAUCUACGAGGGCGACAACUGUUUCAAACAAGUGAACGGGGAAACCUAUCAAUAUAAGUAUGGCGAAGAGGAUGGAAAUAAAUCAUUCCUGUUGGAAAUAUGCUGGCAAGAGAACUAUCCCAACGAACUUCCGACGAUCAACAUGGACACAUUUUACAAUAGAAAUCUGUCUCGUGCCCUAAAAGACAAAAUAAUAUCGAUACUGAAGGAGGAAGGAGAGCAGUGGUUAGGUUGCGGAAUGACUUACACGCUAUUCGAGUGCCUUAAGGAUAAAGUUGAGGAAUUGCUGUCGGACGAGAGUUUAACCGGUGGAACCGAUCAGCAGGUGAUAGGGACAAACCAUCAGGAAGAUGAACAGCGUAGCUCCGAGGAGGAUGACGGAGACGAACGGGGGACUAAGGGUAGUGGGGCAGGAGCAGGUGGCGGCGCCCAGAAGAAGGAACAUUUGACUAAGGCACAGAAGCGCAAGCAGUGGGAUCGUGUAGACAACAAAGGAAAUCGCCCCAGAGGCUGGGAUUGGGUGGACAUCAUCAAGCACCUGUCACAGACCGGUGGCAAAGCGGAGUAACGUGAUAUUUGUGGAUUAGGACUAGGUCAAAGCUCAACGGGACAUUUGGCGUUGGAAGUUUGUGUGUGUUGACACGCAAUGAAAUAAAAGCAUGUUGCUAUUGCAAACAAAAAGAGCGUUAA